ACUGUGAACUUGACUGCAUUCGAGGAGCCUCCGUUUUACAUGAUUCUUUGUUAUUAUUUGGCAAAACAUUGCUGUUGGGGGAGUGCGUUGGGAUUUUGGCUAGAGACACAGUUAAUUUAUAGGUUGUAGCUCAUAUAUAAUGAUGUGCUGAUUGGAUUGGAUGGCCAAUUCGCCGAAUAAAAAGGGAAAGCUGCACUGAUCGCACAGGUUUCAGAAUCAUCGAUCCCACACUUCUUCCAUCACCAUGGAAAUAUAACUCGGACUUUUGUCACUAUCAAAUUUAGGUGUUGCCCAAAAACUAGACGUUUGGAAGUUUGCAAGAAAAAAUUAAUGAAAUGAAGGUGAUCUUCGAUAAGACAUCCAGCGGAUACUAUGGACCAGGAAAGCGAAAAUAAUGGCAAACAAGAACCCGAAGGUAACGUGCAGUCUCUACAAGCAACCCUUUUCCCAAUCAAACCUACAAAUUCUACUAGUUAUUUUGCCAAUUUUAUAAUCAAAUCCCCUGCCGAAGAAGAUGAUAUUCGAUUCAAAAUUAGAGAAUCACCACAAAAGGACUGGUUUUCUUGUAAUAAAGACACACCUUUCGACUUCCAACCACCUAGGUGGCCCACAGAAUGCCAAGUUUUAGAGGAGAGAGUUAAACACAUAAUCGACUCACCCUCAACAUACGAAGCAUACUAUAUUCCUACUGGCACCGAAUGCCAACCUAAACCAUCAGGGGAAGAAUGUGGGAAGGUUGUUUUCCAUUAUGUCCCACUCAGUGCUGUCAAUUAUUUUAGUAGAUCUAGCGUAGGAGGAAACAAAUUUAUCCUGCCAUCCUGUAUUUGUCCUGAGGAAGACACACUAAAAUUCGAGUCUAGAUUUGAGUGUGGAAAUUUAGCCAAGGCCAUAAUGAUUACGCCAAAUUAUUAUGAAUUACACCUUAGAUCUGAUUUCUAUACAAACAGACACAUGCAGUGGUUCUAUUUCAGGAUUAGUAAUGUUAAAAAAGGAUUUUUAUAUAGAUUUUCUAUUACGAAUUGUUCCAAAGAAAAUAGCUUAUACAAUGAAGGAAUGAAGCCACUAAUGUAUUCAAAAAAAGAUUCUCAGUUGCAUUCGAUUGGCUGGAGAAGAUGCGGUCAGAAUAUUUCUUAUUAUUGUAACGAUAACGUAACACAAGAUGAUCCCGACCAACAGAUGACGUAUACACUGACUUUCACCGUUAAGUUUCCCCAUGAUGACGAUGAAGUAUAUUUGGCUCAGAGCUACCCAUAUACUUACUCAGAUCUGCAGGAUUAUCUGCUGGAACUAUCGUCACAUCCGGUGAAGUCUACAUUCACCACCAUUCGGUUGUUGUGCAAAACUUUAGCUGGAAACAACGUUCAGUAUGUAACGAUUACGUCACCACCUAUCCAAGGAGAUCCUCCAAAGAAAAAGAAAGCCAUCGUUUUGUCAGCCCGAGUUCAUCCCGGAGAGACGCCGUCUUCGUGGAUAAUGAAAGGAAUUCUGGACUUCUUAACAAGCGACUGUGGAACGGCCAAAGAACUGAGAGAUAAGUUUAUAUUCAAAAUAGUGCCAAUGUUAAACCCUGACGGUGUUAUAGUGGGGAAUAAUAGGUGUUCACUCUCAGCCAAAGACCUCAAUAGGCAAUAUAGAACUGUAAUUCGAGAUGCUUAUCCUUCCAUUUGGUAUACGAAACUGAUGAUUAGAAGACUGUUGGAAGAGUGUGGCGUAGCAAUGUAUUGUGAUCUGCACGCCCAUUCCAGAAAACAUAAUAUUUUUAUAUUUGGUUGUGAAAAUCGGCGAGGGAGUGACAGAAGAUUACAGGAACAAGUAUUUCCGCUUAUGUUACAUAAAAACGCAGCUGAUAAGUUUAGCUUCGAAAGCUGUAAAUUCAAGAUCAAAAAGAACAAAGAAGGUACCGGAAGGGUAGUGAUGUGGAUGAUGGGCAUAGCUAACAGCUACACCCUGGAAACUUCACUAGCUGGAUCGACAUUGGGCUGUAGAGCGGACACUCACUUCAGCAUCCAAGAUUUAGAACAAAUGGGCAAAACUUUCUGUCAAACCCUGUUGGACUUCUAUGAUGAAGAUCCCAAAAAGGAAAAACUGAGGGUGAAAAUCGUGGAAAGGUUGGUGAAAGAGGGAUCCAAUGCUGAUGAGCCCACCAAUAUUAAAUUAAGUGAUUACUCAAGUGAUGAUGGGGAUACGUCCAACAGCAGUGAUGAAGUCGGACGGGACUACGACGAAGAUAUUCAACUGCCACUAGUUCCCCCGUGUUCCCCCGUAGUGCUAGUGAAAAAAAAUAGAUCGAAGUUCUCCAUAUCGGCACCAAAAGCGAGGCCUCAAAACGCUACCCUAAAGAGCCCCACAGUGCCUAGAAAACCCCUACCAAUAUGUAAGGCCACUUUAAAGUUGUCCUUGUCUGACAAAGAAAGCAGUGAUUCUGAUAGUGAUGAUAGUGAAUCAGAUUCUGAAAAAGUCAAAUUAAAAAGGAUCAAGAAGAAACGGAAGAAAAAGCACUCAAAGAAAAAGAAGAAAAAUAGAGAAGCUUCACAGCCAGAUGGAAUUAUUGUAAUUCAAGUAGAGCCAGUUCAAGAUUUUUCCGAUUGCGAAAUACAAUUCAACAGAGCCAAGAGAUCUAUUUCAGUCUUUGAUUUAAUCCCGACAGAUACUCUGAAGAACCACAUCUUUACGAAUAUUCCAAAGUGUAAAACUCAAUAUUCAAUAAAACACGAUAAGAAAAAAGAUGAAAUCAGCAAACAAUUGGCGGAAGUACAAGCUAAACUGUUUACUUUAAAAAAUAAAUUAUGGUUCGGUGUUGGCAACGGAGAUACAACGUUGAGUUGGGGUAAAAGAAACUUUGUAAAUGACACUCACAAGAAAUCAGCUCAACAAAAAGAAGGGAAGAGUAAAAGUGCAAACUUGAAAAAGAGCCAAAAAAAUGAGAAGAAGUCUAAUUUUAAGAUGACCAAGGAUGCAGAAUCUCAGAACAAACCAUCUGAGAAUGGAUUAAGGCGUAAAACAGUUGUCGACCUCCUACAACCACAAAACAAUAAGGAAAAGGUGAAACUACGCAAAUCCAGAAGUUUACCUGACGCUUCUUCAUUCGAAAACAUUGCCAAAAAGUUGACGAACACCGACGAAGAGAAAAACGACUCGAAGAAAAAGAAGAAGAAGAGUAUCAAGCUUGUGAAGAAAGUCAAAGUGCUAAGUAAUGCGAGAACUUUUAUCAAAAAGACUGAGUAAUUUCUAGUGCGGAGUUAAAAAUGGGGAUGCUAGGGAUUUUUAAAAAAUUUUAGUGCCUUUUGGGUAAUUGUAAUUGUACAUUUGUAAGUUGUUUUUAUCAGAUUUCAUUGUAAUUUAUUAUCAAAUGAGGUUAAGUACAAUUGUAUUCUGAG